CCCUUAUUUUAGCUCCUCCCUUAUUGUCGAAUGUUGUUGUUGGGAUGGGUUUGGGUUGGCGCUCUGUCUAGCAGUAUUCGGUUCAGUUCAUCUAUAUCUCUAAGUUCUCUCUUUUACUCUCACUGUCGUUGCUUGAACGCCUACUCACCGCCGAAGAUAGAAGAUUUUCUUUUAAAUCCGUCACCCCGAGUUUCAGUUGGCGAAAUCUUUGCCCUAUAUUCCGGCAUCGGUAGUGGAAGAAAUUAGCUCUGAGUGCUCUGACCUACCAGUGCACGUCAAUACCCCGAGUCUCGAGAGGCCUGAAGAGGCCAAAGGGUGUCUAAACAAAGAUAGUACUUACCAUUACUUUGGUUUCAGUCUGACAGCAGACUUCUAUAUCUGCAGUUGCUAAAUCCAGUGUUCUAUUAAAACUUUAUGUCAUGGCUAAUAACUUAUUGAGUGAUGUGAUUGAUGGUUACCGAAAACAAGUCCUUCUUGCUGCCUUCUCCUUCAAAGACUGGGUGUACCGGGUUUUUGCAUUUCUGCUUACAACAUCCUUUAUUUUGUGGCUGUCCGUAUUCAUCUAUGUUACCUUUUAUUAUUCCUAUGUUCCUGCCAUUUCACACAUCAGGCCUGUUCACUUGGAAUUCAAUUCUUGUCAGGAUGCAAUUGGUGUCUGUUCAAAUCCCUUCGCCAAUGUUACACUUACGAAUCAAAGACAACUGCUUCAGAGCAAUCAACCCUACAACAUUAUUUUAGACCUUGAGUUGCCAGAAUCUGAAGCUAAUAAACAGCUUGGCAUGUUCAUGGUGCAGCUUACACUAACAGGCAAAAAUGGCAAAUUUAUAGCAGCAUCAAAGAGAAGUGCUAUGCUUCGAUACAAGUCAUGGAUUCUUCAUUUUCUUGGCACUGUCAUGUUUUCCCCAGCUAUGUUGCUUGGGCCUGUAAUGGAAGAGAAACAAACUCUUAAAGUUGAAAUGUUUUCAGAAUUUCUGGAAGCCCCAGACAACCCUGUUACAAAUGUGAGGGUAGAGAUCGAGAGUCGCUGGUUGCAAUUGUAUUCUGCCAAGUUACGAAUUCAAGCCGAGUUCAUGGGAUUACGCUAUUUCAUGUUCUAUUGGCCGACUCUUUCUGCGACAAUUGGUAUAUCGACUCAUGUGGUUUUACUCUCCUUUUUGGUUGGUUACGUUUGGUAUCGACUUUUGAAUCCAAACCAGGUGGUUGUCCGUGUUGGUCUAAAUCGCGCGACAUCAGCAGUAACAUUGAGUACAGUUCCUAGCCAGCCUACGAUUGCCACGGUCGAACCUCAACAGUCGGAUGAUGCUCAAAGUAAAACGCUAGAACAGCGUAGAAUGGAAGCAAGAGAUAUUCUGAUGAAAGAGAAAAAACGGCAGCUUACAUCACCUGGCGUAUUUACAGAACGUGUUCGUAGUCGUUCUUUUAGUACAGUUCCAGCAAUGGCUAGGAGCCCAUCAUUUGGUAGCCCCCUCCGCAUCCAGGAACUCACCCCAGCUCCUACACCGCCCAUGAUGGAAGAAAAAGAAGGUACCGUCAAACGAGUCACCUUUGAGUAACGUGACUUCCUUACUCGCCCGAUAAGAUUGCCCACUCAUACAGAUUAUUCAAACGAAGGGCUAGUUAUGAAUGCGGAAACCUCACCGGAAUUACGUCGUCGAAUAAUGACAGCUGCGGCAACCAAAGACCCCAACAUAGAAGAUGCCUGCUAAUGAACAGCAUUCUCAAGUCUUCUAUGAUGGUACUUAAAAUUAAAACGAAUAUUCACAAUUCACAAAAUUAGGGGGGAAAAAAAUUGGGAAUUUGUUAUGUGAAAUUUUCUAGUUAAAAAUGUCGUUCGUGACAAAUUAAUUUCUUCUCCUUGCCUCUUCUUUCACCUCCACUGUUGUCUCGACUAGUCAUGAACCACAUGUCGUAUGGUGUAAAAAUUGACCAAGUCUGCACCUGUCUUUUGAGUCUCUUGAGAGAUCUCUUACAUUUUUUUUUUCUUUCCUUUUUUUUUUUUUUUUUUUUUUGUAACUAGGUGAAAUAUAUUUGUGUAUUGCCUGUGACAAAACGGAACAGAAAAGAAAUUGUAUCUAACUGA